AUGCGGAAAAGUACCUUCCGACCUCAGCUCCUGAACUACAACGAGCUCAUCUCCGCCGCGGCAAACAUGCAUGAUGUCAACUCAGCGGUGGCCUGGUUUGACCAUCUGGAGAAGGAGAAUCUACAACCCAAUGUUAUAUCCUUCAACGCAGUGCUCAGCGCAGCAGCCAAGAAAGGUGCCCUAGACAUCUCCGUGGCACUCUAUCAUCGGAUGGAGGCGGCAUCCGUCCAGCCAGAUUCUUAUACCUUCAACACUCUCAUUAGUGCUGGAGCACGGGCAGGGUCUGGAAUUUCCGCAGCUGGAGAGUGGCUGCAAAUCAUGAAGUCUGCGUGCAUCAAGCCGAACGAAGCAACGUACAACGCACUGAUGGAUGUGGCUGCCAAGCACCAGGAGUCGCUGGCCGCAGAGCGCUGGUUCGGCGAGCUUGUGGCCGAGGGAUGGCGACCUUCGGCCGUCUCCUGGAAAACGCUUGUAGCUGCCAGCGUCAACUGCGGAGACCUGCCUUCUGCAGAGAAGUCGCUGAAAGCGAUGGCUGCCAACAACUUUCAGCCAGAUGCGGCACUUUGUUUCAAAGAGUUAUGA